ACUGAUUCCAAUUUUUCGUCUCUCGAUUAACAGUCCUUCGUUCCAUUCAAGGCUCAAAGCUCUUUGACCAUUCUUUUCGAUUGCGCAGGUCGCUUCCAACAUUUCAUUCAAUUCAUAUUAAUCCUUACGAUAAGAUACACUACCUCCACUUCAAUCACCAUGCACUACUCAAUCGCUAUUAUUCUCGGCGCGACGGCGGCGUAUGUAUCCGCUCACGGUCUCGUCACUGAGAUCCAGGGUGCCAAUGGUGUGACCAUGCCCGGUCUUACAGUCAUCGAUGGAACUCCCCGAGACUGCUCUAGCAACGGAUGUGGCUCUCAGGCCGAUACUGCCAUCAUCCGCACCCGAGAGGUCGGGGGCCGCGCCUCUGCUCUUGGCCGAACGCAAGGCGGCGGACCGGUCGAUGCCGCCGCUGCGAUCUCCAUGUUCAUGACGGGCCAAGCCGGUGGAAAUCAGAAUCGGAACAAGCGCCAACUUAGCCAGCUGCUCGGCGGACUGCGGGGCAAGGGCAAAGGAAAGGGCAAAGGAACCCGUGCCCAGACUGCGCAGGGCGCGCAGACUGCCAAUACUGCCGCCGAGGGCGGUGUUGCUCAGGCGGCCGGGUCGGGCGCCACCUCGGGCCUCCCGACCACCGAUGACAACGGUCUGAUCACCAUGAACUUCCGCCAGGUCAACCAGGACGGUGCUGGCCCGCUCACGGCAGCGAUUGAUCCCACCUCUGGCGGAACCGAUGCUACUGCGUUCCAAGAUGCCCAGGUCGCGCAAGACGUUCCCGGUCUUGGCUUUGGCGGGCUCUCGGGUGCUACUAUCGAGGAUUUCCCCCUCACAGUCCAAAUGCCCCAAGGGAUGACCUGCCAAGGCUCUGCUGGCGGUGCCGACAACGUCUGUAUUGUCCGGGUUCAGAAUUCCGCGCUUGCGGGACCCUUUGGUGGCUCCGCUGCGUUCACCCAGUCGCCAGCUGCCCAGAAGCGGGCGGUCGAGUAUAAUCUCCGCAAGCGACACAUGGCCCGUGGCAUUCUCGGCAAGGACAAGGAGGCUUAGUUCCACUUUAGAUGUUAGGGAUGGGACGUAGAUCCGGCAAAGGCUGGGUUGCUGUGCAAGCCGCUUUGCAACAUAUGGAUCUGCUUCGUCCUCUGCGUUCUCUGUAUAUGGAAUCAGGGCCCGUUUCGGGACACAGAAUAU